AUGGCGGCCACAUCAGCUACGAACGCGAAUGACGAUCCUAACGUUGGCAGCGCACAGCAUGCGUCAUCUUCUGCUACUGGUCUCCUCUCUACUUUAGCUCCAGUUGCUCUGAUAGCAUUGGUCUGGUUCGCACUGUUCUUGAUCUUCAGAAAAUGGUUUCCGCGCAACUAUCGCCCGAGAACCUUCCUGGGCAGUAUACAAGAGCGCGAACGGUCGCCUGCGCUCCCUGAUGGCAUCUUUGCAUGGUUUGGCAACUUUUUCAAUGUCCCUGACAGUUACGUCCUCAACCACCAUUCUCUGGAUGGCUACCUAUUCCUGCGCCUGUUGAAGAUGGCCGUCUUCACUUGUUUGGUUGGCUGUUGUAUUACUUUCCCCGUUCUAUUCCCAAUCAAUAUUACAGGUGGCGGAGGCAAAUCGCAACUUGAUAUCCUUACUAUGGGUAACGUGACCAACAACUAUUACAAGUUGUUUGCGCACACUGGUUGUGCCUACCUCUUCUUUGGUUUUGUCAUCUACAUGGUCACCCGAGAGAGUAUCUACUACAUCAAUCUGCGCCAGGCCUAUCUGCUCUCGCCAUACUAUGCUAGUCGCCUCUCGUCCCGUACUGUUCUUUUUACCUCCGUGCCGGAUGAGUAUCUGAACGAGGCAAAUAUACGUCGCAUGCUCGGAGAAUCCGUUGAAAGAGUUUGGAUCCCUACCGACACUGGAGACCUUGAGGACGAAGUCAAAGUCAGGGACAAGACAGCACUCAAGCUCGAAGCCGCCGAAACCAAGCUCAUCAAAGCCGCAAAUGCUGCUCGUCUGAAAGUCAACAAAAAGAAGGCCAAGAAGGAUCACGAAGACAUCGCUCUGGAAGAACUUACACCCGACGUUGAGGGCGGCUCUGCCGCUUCUCGCUACCUCUCUGCGAAAGAUAGACCUACACAUCGUCUGAAGCCUUUGAUUGGAAAGAAGGUAGACACUAUCGAUUGGUGCCGCGCGGAGCUGGAAAAGCGUAUUCCCAAAGUCGAGGAGAUGCAGAACAAGCACAAGACUCUCGAUGGCGUCAAGAAGGUCAACGCAGUCUUUGUGCAAUUCACCAGUCUACAAGAAGCACAAUCUGCUUACCAGAGCUUGACACAUCACCAGGUGCUUCACAUGGCUCCUCGCUACACUGGAAUGACGCCAGGAGAGAUCAUCUGGAGCAAUUUGCGCAUCAAGUGGUGGGAGCGAGUUCUCAGAUUCACAGCAACCGUUUCCUUUGUUGUUGCCUUGAUCGUUUUCUGGUCGUUCCCAGUCGCUGCUGUCGGUUUCAUCUCCAACUUGGACAAUCUCAAGGAUUAUGACAGUGGCAACCCUCCGACUACUUUCAAAGAAGGGUUCACCUGGUUGAAUUGGCUCCUUGCUCUACCACAAGUCAUUUUCGGAGUUGUGUCUGGUCUAUUGCCCACGGUCGCCUUGGCUAUCCUGGUGUCCGUAUUGCCGAUAAUUUUGCGUCUCAUGGCCAGACUUGGAGGCGAUCCUUCUCUGUCUGCUGUCGAGCUCACAGUCCAGAACACCUACUUUGGUUUCCAGGUCGUACAGGUCUUCUUGGUCGCCACUCUCGGUUCUGCUGCAUCUUCAGCUCUUGGUGAGAUUCUUCCGAACCACAUCAACCAAAUUCCUACCCUAUUGGCUUCAAGCAUACCUAAGGCUUCGAAUUUCUACUUGUCAUACUUCGUACUUCAGGGUUUGGGCGUGGUAUCUGGAACCUUGCUCAACCUUACCGGUCUGGUUGUCUUUAUCAUCCUUGGAAAAUUCUUGGACAACACACCUCGUAAGAUGUACAAGCGAUGGACGUCUUUAGCCGGCAUGAGCUGGGGCACUGUGUUCCCACCAUACACCAACCUCUUCGUGAUUGCGAUCUGUUACGCGAUCAUUGCUCCGUUGGUCCUCAUUUUCGCUGCCAUCGGCCUUUACCUGUUCUACCUGGCCUAUCGUUAUAAUCUGCUCUACGUGUCGAAUGCCAACAUCGAUACUAAAGGACGUGUAUACCCUCGUGCCCUCCAGCAGGUCUUCGUUGGCCUCUAUAUUGCUGAAUUUUGUCUCAUUGGACUGUUCGCCAUCGCCACGGGAUCAUCCGUAGGAGCACUGGGUCCUUUGAUCUUGAUGAUCAUCUUCAUGGUGUUCACAGCUCUCUAUCACCUGGCUCUGAAUGCCGCUCUAGAGCCUUUAAUUAACUAUCUGCCCAAGAGUCUUGAGGCUGAAGAGCGUCGCCUACUGGAUGAAGACGCCAACGUUGAGAAAGGCGAGAAAGGAAUGGUCGCUGACACGAACGUGGAUCUUGGCCCAUCGCCUCAUGAAAAGCCUACCUUCUUGAAGAAGUUCCUCCGACCAGAUAUCUACACCGACUAUGCAACAAUGCGUCGCUUGGUCCCCAAGAUGGUCGGUGUCAGAUACGAGUCUGAGGAAGAAGACGAUGCCUACUUCAACCCGGCAGUCACUUCACAGCCGCAACUUUUGUGGAUUCCGCGUGAUCCAAUGGGUGUCAGUAGACAGGAAGUCAGAGAAACAAGCAAGGUGAUACCAAUCACGGAUGAAGGCGCCACUCUUGAUGAGAAGAACAAGAUCGUCUGGGAUGCUCAAGAUGGUCGUCCGCCAAUCUGGGAGCGUCCAGUCUAUUACUAA